UACAGUUUUAAUACAAAUCCAUUUUAAUUUAGUUUAUUGAUAUUUAUUUUGUUAGAUCUAUAUUUCACAAUUCUACCUAUCUGACACUUUCAUUUUACAGGUUUCAUGUUAGGAAAUGUUACAUGUCUGUGCAGGAAUAGUAGGCUUAACGUAUAAAAUGUGUGUGGGUGGACUGUAAUAUGACUCCUCUUCUGCUGUAUUUAUUAACGAGACAUCGUUCGAUACAAGGACAGAGAGACGUCAGCACGCCCCACCUCUGCUUCAGUCAGUCAGAGAGAUUCAAAUGACAUGUUAAAUGACAUGAGGACACACUUCUGCUCCAGAUCUCUCUGCUUCAUACUCCUGCCUAAUUAUAUGACGAACACUAGUGCAAAAGCGAGAACUUUGAGCAAUAUCACCUGAAACUAUUUCUUGGAAAUUGUUUAAAUUAGUGUGCACAAAAUGAAAAGCGUCGUGACGGUAUGCUGUCUGAGUUUUCUGCUGGGGCUUGUGGCUUUAGUUGAGAGUGAUGAAGACUACACUGAAGAUGAAGAGAUGAUCCUGUCUCUGAUUCUGCAGGAUGACACCCAGCCUGAAGCAGAGAGCAGGCCACCCGCCCAGUUUUACAGGUGCACUAAGGACGCAUGGCGCAUGCCGGGUCAGUAUAUAGUGGUGAUGCGGAACGGAACGCACGUGAACCAGGUGGAGCGCACCGCGCGCAGACUCCGCGCGAAAGCCGCCAAACGCGGAUAUCUGAUCGAAAUACUGCAGACUUAUUCGGGAGCUUUCCACGGGUUUCUGGUGAAAAUGAGCAGCGAUGUUCUUCACAUGGCAGUAAAGCUGCCCCAUGUGGAAUACAUUGAAGAGGAUUCCUCCAUUUUUGCCCAAAGCAUCCCAUGGAACCUGCAGCGCAUCCUUCAAAACAAACACGAGAGUGGAAAAUAUUCACCACCCAAUGACGGAGCAAAGGUGGGAGUGUAUCUUUUGGACACAAGCGUUCAAGUGACUCAUCGUGAGAUUGAGGACAGGGUGAUGGUGACGGACUUCAACAGUGUGCCAGAGGAGGAUGGGGUCAGAGUUCACAGACAGGCUAGUCAGUGUGACAGUCAUGGCACACACAUAGCAGGUGUGGUCAGUGGACGGGACUCGGGUGUAGCUCGAGGUGCCAGUGUAAACGGUGUCCGAGUGUUAAACUGCCAAGGCAAGGGUACGGUGUCAGGAGCUUUGGCAGGUCUGGAGUAUAUCCAGUCAUCUCUGAUGUCUCAGCCUAUCAGACCUGUGAUUAUACUGCUGCCAUUUGUAGGGGGAUUUAGUCGUACACUCAACGCUGCCUGCAGGAAAAUGGUGGAAUCUGGCACAGUGCUUAUUGCUGCAGCUGGUAACUACAACGAUGAUGCUUGUCUGUACUCACCAGCCUCAGAGCCAGAGGUGAUAACAGUAGGGGCCGUUAAUUUUGCUGACCAGCCCUUGAGCACUGGGACGACAGGCACCAAUGUGGGCCGCUGCGUGGAUGUGUUCGCACCUGGUGAUGACAUCAUCAGUGCUUCCAGCGAUUGCUCCACCUGCUUCACCACCAAGAGCGGAACAUCACAGGCAGCGGCACAUGUUGUUGGCAUAGCAGCGGUGCUCCUGAAUCGGAGUCCAAACUCCAGCUCUGCUGAGCUUCUGCAGCAGCUCCUCCAUCAUUCAGUCAGAAAUGUCAUUAACCCAGAGUCUCUGCCACUGAACCACCGUCUCUCUACACCCAACGUGGUGGCUGCCCUGCCGGACUCGACCUCCACACUCAUAGGGGAGGACCUGCUCUGUAGAUCUGUUUGGUCUGAGAGGUCAGCUGUUAAAGGUUUUGCCACAACUACAGCCCGCUGUCGCCACAGUGAAGAGAUGCUGAGCUGCUCCAGUUUCUCACAAAAUGGAGUAAUAGCUGGAGAAAGAGUGGAGGAGAGAGAUGGGCAGAAAGAGUGUGUUGCUGUCAAUGGGAACGGAGGGCAUGGUGUGUUCGCUAUUGCACGCUGCUGCACAGGCCAUAAAGCUCAGUGCCAGAUGUUAGAGAGUCCCGAGAGAGGCGAGGAUGCAGAUUGUCCUCCAGACCACCAGCUGACAGGCUGCAGUUAUUCCUCUUCAUCUGGAGAUGUAUCAUACUCUGAUCGACCUCUACAUGGCAGCCGCAGGGCAUGUCCUGCUAAAAGGGGUGAAAUGUCAUACGCAUCCUGCUGCCACACAUCCUCUCUGGAGUGCCGGCUGAAAGAACAGGACCCCACAGGUGUCAGCGAGCAGGUGAAGGUUUCAUGUGAGGACUCGUGGACACUGACAGGCUGUCAGGGUCUGUCGUCUGGGUCUGGUGUUCGCGGGGCAUUUGCUUUGGGAAACACCUGUGUAGUUCAUACAGCUGGAGGAGAUAAAGGGGCUGCCGCCAUUGCCACCUGCUGCCGGCACCGCACAACCCACCAGCCCUCUGAACACUGAGGGAUAUGCAUUCCUCUUUUGACACUUCUCUAAAUAUGUAACCAUGGACAUGACUUCUAUAACACAUAAUAGUAGGAGGUUUUACACAAGUGAGCUCAGUUCUGUCACGAUGCAAUAUUACAUUAUAGAGAAGUGCAUUGUAACUGGUUCUGAAUAUAAUGAUAUAUAAUCUAGACACUCAAUAAGUGGCACUAUAACAUUUAAAACCCUUGUAAGGCAUUUAAACUGCAAAACAUGCAUCAGUGCAUUAAUAUUAGAAUUCUGACCGAUAAUUAUUUUCAUUAUUAGAAUCUAUAGUUUUAUUUGAACAACAAUAAAAAAAUAAUAAAUAAAUUUCAUUUUGAGAUUUGCUAAAAAUUACAUUUAACACUGGUAAAGCCAGCAUUUAAUGACAGCUAACGACAGCUGUGUAUUAAAUAUACAAUAUAAGUCAAUAUAUUUAACAUUUUCAAAUACUUUUGUAGACCAGCACUUUUCAUUUACAUAUUUACACAUAUUCUGAAUUGGAAGAGAUCAAUUUUUUUUGCAAGAGCGUUAUCUACUAUUAUGCAUGUGCAUUGUGCAUAAUAGUGUACUUCUUUUUCUAAAUAUAUAUUUUUAUAUUACAAACUUUGACAACUUCAUGUAAUGGUCUAAAAUCUACUUCAGACUUGACACAUACACAAAUCACACAAUCUGAAAAGUUGUGCAUUCCAGUUUUUCCUUUUUUAUAUCAAAUGUUUUCAUUGUCAAACUCUGAUGUACAAAUUAAAAUGUGGUUUUGACAUGCAUUAACAGAUUCCUUUACACAUCAUACACACUCGCAGCAGGAAUGAAAUCACAGAUCUACCGAGUGGUUGGGACAGCAUCUACAGGUGUAGGAAAGGUUAAAAAAGAUUGAUUGGAGGAAGGAGGAUCAGGUUUGUUGAUCGUUUUAACAUACCCUGUUCACUCAAGUACACCACAUUUCAAAGAAGUCUCUACAGCACUAAAUAUGUACUGUAAUCCCACCGUAUCUUAUGGGCUCCUUUAGUGAAAACCUAAGCAGGCAGUUGAGCUGAAAUUAGUGUGAUAUUUUUGCAAAUGUGCAUAUUUCAGAAAAUAAAUAAUAAAGAUGCCUUGUGUUUAGGCCUUGAUCUGAUGAAUUCUCCCCUCAAUUGAAAUUUAACACUGUGCCUUCAGCCCUGAAACGUUUCAAAACAAUCAUCCGGUCAUCCUAAAACCUGUCUUAACUAAUCGUCCCAGAACGCUUACCAUAUCUGCUGCUGUGAAUUAGCAUUGAACCAUUUAUUGAUUCAAAGCAUAAAGGCAGUUGUGAGUACUGCAGUGUUCUGCUGAGUAUUAGAAGCAAAAAACCAAGAGAAAGAAUCAGAAAGUCCCUACUGAAAAAAAAAUAAAAAUGCUUAAACCAACCUUAACGGGUUUGCGGGUUUUACAAGGCCAUCAGCAUGAUCAAUCUUGAGUUUAAGUGCCUCAAGCUACUCUAAUACCAGCAAACCAGGCUGGCCAUGUUCACAAAAAAAAAAAAAAAAAAACAAAACAAAAAAACAGAUGGUGUGCUGGUUUUACCUGGUCUCCCAGCCUGAACAAUUUUGAGUUUAAGUACCAAAAUCACUCUAAAACCAGCAAACCAGACUAACCUAUUGAAAAAAACAUUCAAGAUGGUGUGCUGGUUUCACCUGGUCUCCCAGCCUAACCAAUCUAGAGUAUAUGUGCCCAAAACCAGCUAAGUUGGUUGGCUCUGUCAUCUUAAACCAGUCUAGGCUGGUUUGCUUCUUACAGUUGCUCUUCCAGCCUGAUAAUGCUUGGUCUGUCAGCUGGUAUUAAAUGGUUUUUGGACACUUAAUCACCGAAACACAACUUAGCUGGGCUGAGAGACCAGCAAAAAACAGCAAAUGCACCAAGUCUGGUUUAAGACUUAUUUUAUAAACCAGCUUCUUUUAGCUGCUUUGGCCAGUUUAUGCAGUUCUUUUCCAGCAACAAAGACUCACACACACACACACACACACAUACAAACAUGCACAGAAGCAUGGCCAAAAAAAAAAAAAGAAGAAAAAAAAAAAAGACAUUAAUGUUAAAGUUGCGAAGAGCAGAUGACUGAGGUAAAAAGCAGCACUAACGUUUGUGUGAGGUGGCAUUAAGGUCUUUCCACUGUAAACAUUGAAGCAAUGUCACUAAGUGUUCUAGUCUAAAUACAAAAUGAGCAGCAAAUGGCAGCUGAAACACCCUGCAGACUACCUGAAAGAGGGACAUCACAUGCCCGGCUCAAUCAAGGGGCCGUGGCGCACGAGGCACCGUCUGUGUCCUCAUAUGGCGCUCUGAGAUGAGCUCGGCCGAGCCAUCCGAGUAUGCGUUGUUAGCGUAAUGUUAAGUGGGUUCAGGCUUAUGUGUAGCACGACGUGUCCACUGGUUUGUCUCAAGGCGAGGACGUGAGCAGCAUAGGGGAGGAGUCGAGUAAAGGCACUGUACUGCUCUGUGAGAACUUCCUGUCCCUCCAACAACCUCCGUCUUUCUCUCCUCCUUCACCCCCUUUCCACCCCAUCCUCGCCUUGUCAUCCGAUUUGCAUUGCGUAAGGCAGACUGAACAGAAAAGAUGCAGGCAAAAAAAAAAAAAAAAAGACAAA